AUGAGAGGUAACCGACUACCACCGGAGCUUCAGCUGAUUGCCGAAACCGAACUUGGAGAGACGGACGAGAGGAAACUUGAGGCGCUGGAGGAGUUCAAUCAGCUACUGGAUGAGGAACCUGAUUUGUACUCAAAAAGAGAUGACGAAUUUCUGCUUCGUUUCCUCCGUGUGGCAAAGUACAACGUUGAUGCAGCAUUGAAGAGGAUCAAGGAGUAUUACAAAAUGCGCAAAGAGUGUCCAUUUGUUUUUGAAAACUUUUUACCGUCGAGUGCCAAACUUGAAGCAAGAAGCAUGGCGAUGGUGCUUCCCCGACGAGACGUUCAUGGCCGGCUGGUGUUACUGUUGAGAUUAGGUGCCUGGAAUCCCCAGAUUAUUUCCUACAUUGAAGCAUUGCAAGCAAUAACGCUUGUCGUGGAACAUCUGACAGCGGACCCUGCUGCCCAAACGACUGGCGUUUCCUGCAUUCACGACUAUGGAGGAUUUUCUAUGGAUAAAUUCAUUGCCAUUAAUUUUGGCCUCCUGAAAAGUUCCAUCAAGCUUCUUCUGGACUGCGUGCCAACUCGAUCUAAAGCGAUACACAUCGUGAGGCAGUCGUACGCUUUUGAUAUGGGCUUCGCAAUGGUUCGACCUUUCAUUAGCAAAAAGAUAUCUGAGAGGAUUCAUUUCCACGGAGUGAAUUUCGAUGGUCUCUACGAAGACAUGGCCGUCGACAUGCUACCCAAGGAAUAUGGAGGACUGGGCCCCGAUCUCGACAUCGAAGCCUACUGGAGCGGUUUAGACCAGGCGGAAGAGUGCUUCGUUCAAAACAAUCGCUAUGGAUAUCAUAAGAAGGAAAGCUGUAGCGAUGAAAUCGAGGUGACAGCUUUCUAG